AGGGUGUCGCUGGGGGAUGCCGAGCUCCCCACCCCGUGUGCUGGCGCAUCCAAGCAGAGCUUGGCAGGCUCCCAUGGAGCGGGUGGGUGACCAGCAGAGGGCCUGGCUCUGCCGAUCCCCAGCGCCGCUCUUAUUGAGCCCAGCGCCCUCCGGAGAGCCCAGAGCAGCAGCGGACGCUGGACAGAGCGGCCGCUCCUCGGCACGGCUCCAUCGCUGCCGGCAGCGCCGGGGUCCCUGCGCUCGGGGCUGCGCUGUCUCCCACCACACGCUCCCUCCAGAGGGGACCAUGCCUUCUCCGCUGCCGCUUGUCCUCCUGCUGCUGAUGCUGCCGGUGCCAGGGGCUGUGGCAACGCGAGGCAGAGCUGGGCAGGCUGGGGAAGGCAGCAGCCACCAUGGGCAGGGCGAGGAUGGAGGCAGGACCCGGCACGAUGCGGGGAUGCAGGUGAUGGAGCGGCUGCGCCGGGGGACAGAGGAGGACUCCAAGUCGGUGCAGCAGUACGUGCCGGGGGUAAGGGUAGAGUUCCCCCGGCCCCUCAACUCCGCCAGCCUGCACCCAACCAAGGCCCUGCUGCCAUCCAGCACGGACCAAUCUGAGCAGCAAGAAGGGGUCCCCACAGACAGAGGAGGGUCCGAGCCUCGAGCCAACCUCACCACCGUGUCCGACAAGCGGCUGCAGAUCCAGAACCCCUUGUACCCAGUGACGGAGAGCUCCUACAGCGCCUACGCUGUGAUGUUCCUGUCCCUCAUCGUCUUCGCAGUGGGCAUCAUCGGGAACCUCUCCGUGAUGUGCAUUGUGUGGCACAACUACUACAUGAAGAGUGCCUGGAACUCCAUCCUGGCCAGCCUGGCCUUUUGGGACUUCCUCAUCCUCUUCUUCUGCCUGCCCGUGGUCAUCUUCAAUGAGAUCACCAAGACCAGGCUGCUGGGGGACGUGUCUUGUCGCAUCGUGCCCUUCAUGGAGGUAUCGUCACUGGGAGUCACCACCUUCAGCCUCUGCGCCUUGGGCAUCGACAGGUUCCAUGCGGCCACCAGCCCGCAGGCCAGCACCCGGCCCAUUGAGCAGUGCCAGUCCAUCAUUGCCAAGCUGGCCGUCAUCUGGGUGGGCUCCAUGACGCUGUCGGUACCGGAGAUCCUGCUCUGGCAGCUGGCCCAGGACACAUCACCCGUGUCCGGUGUGGCGAUGGAAUACUGCACCAUGAAGCCCUCGUCCAACCUGCCCGAGUCCGUGUACUCCCUGGUGCUCACCUACCAGAACGCUCGCAUGUGGUGGUACUUUGGGUGCUACUUCUGCUUGCCCAUCCUCUUCACCGUGAGCUGCCAGCUGGUGACCCGCAGGAUCAGCGGCACCGAGAAGAAGACCGAGUGCCGAGGGAGCAAGCACAGCCAGUGCGAGCGUCACUUGAACUGCACCAUCAUCGGGCUCACCGUCAUCUACGGGCUCUGCACCACCCCGGAGAACGCCUGCAACAUCGUGGUGGCUUACAUGUCCCCCGACAUGUCCAAGCAGACCCUGGAUCUGCUCAACCUCAUCAACCAGUUCUUCCUCUUCUUCAAGUGCUCAGUGACGCCUGUGCUGCUCCUGUGCCUCUGCAGACCCCUGGGCCAGGCCUUCAUGGACUGCUGCUGCUGCUGCUGCGAGGGCUGCAGCCCUGACACUGCCUCCAGCGAGGGCAGCGCUGACAGCAAGCUCAAAACGGAGAUGUCCUCCUCUAUCUUCUUUGACAAGCCCCGGGAGUCCCCCCCACCCCUCCUGGCCCUCGGCACCCCUUGCUAAGCGCCAAAGGGGAGCUGUAGCGAUCGUUCCACCACCUCCUCCCAAGACCAAACGUUGUUUCGCCGUUAGUGCCCGUGUCUGGACGUGGAACCAGCAGAAGGAGCUGCCCCCUGGGCUUCAAACCCCACACUGGGGCAAGUGAGGCUUGAAAGCCCGGUCUCUAUGGCUGCAUCGGUGGCCUUCUUGCCUCUGCCCAAAGGCCAGCAAGGGCAUCAGCACCCUCCCGUCCUGGCUGCCUGGCCAGGCUCAGAGGGGUUGCUGCUCUGGAGAUGGAGUUGUGCCAGAGAGGUCCCAUCUGAUCCUAUGGAGGGUUUCCACGGAGGCUUGCAGAGGACACAGCAAACACAAACUGCCCUCGUCCUGUCCCGUCCCCUCCCGCCCGCCCCCUCCACAGUAGGAGGUCCCAGUGACUGUAUCCCACCGAGCGGUGCCCUGUAAGAGCUCAAUAAACCAGUAACCUAGA